AUGGCGGCUGUCUGGUCCAUCCACUCCUCCUCUUGUGGCCUCUCACGAACAUGGCAGCUGUCUAGUCCAUGCACUCUUCCUCACGUGGCCUCCCACGGACGCGGCUGUGUGGUUCAUCCAUUUCUCCUCACAUGGCCUCCCACAGACAUGGCUCUCCAUUCCAUCCACUCCUCCUCAUGUGGCCUUCCAUGGACAUGGCUGUCUAUUCCGUCCACUCCUCCUCACAUGGCCUCCCACGGACAUGGCUGUCUGUUCCGUCCACUCCUCCUCAUAUUGCAGGAAAAACACUACAGUCGAGUCUUGGCCCUGCUAUUUGCUAUUGAGGAGAUCAACAAGGACCCUAAUUUGUUACCCAAUAUUACUCUUGGAUUCCACAUUUAUAACACCCAACCCAAUGAGUUCAGCACAUUGGAGAGCUCCUUAAUGUGGCUGUCAGGACAAGGACUGACUGUUCCAAAUUACCUCUGUGAGAAACAAGGCCAGUCUGUGGCUGUCAUUGGAGGAGAAACUUCUGAAUUAUCAAUCCAAAUAAAUACCCUUCUUAAUCUCUACAAGUUCCCACAGAUCAGCUAUGGACCAUUUGAUCCUUUCCUGAGUAACAAGGUUAAUUUUCCAAGUGUUUAUCAACUGGCAUCCAAGGAUUCUGGCCUUGCUCUGGGAAUGGUCCGAUUAAUGGCACAUUUCUACUGGACAUGGGUGGGACUGGUUAUAGUAGAUAAUGCCAGGGGGGAAACAUUCCUUUGGGACAUAAGAGAAGAGAUGACCAAGAAGGGUGUCUGUGAAGCUUUUGUAGAGAAGAUUCCUACCAGUGAUAAAUACAUAAAUUCCCUUGGAGAUACCAUGCGAAGAAUUAAUCGAUCUUCUGCUAAUGUAAUCAUUAUUUAUGGAGAUAGCAAUUUACUAAUGACUCUGAAAUAUGUUAAAGGACCUCUAAUUUGUAACAAAGUGUGGGUUACCACCUUUCACUGGGAUUUUGUCAUAAGACCCCAUGGCAUAGAUGUUAAAAGUUUCGAUAGAGCUCUGGUAUUUUCAGAUCAAAAAAAAGACAUUCCAGGUUUCAAACAUUUUCUAAGAACACUUAAACCUUCCAAAUACCCAGAAGAUACUUUCCUUAAAAGAUUUUGGAACUCAGUUUUUCGAUGUUCAUUUGACUACAAAAUAUCAGAGCCAAAGAAUUGUUUACGAAAUACUUCUUUAGAGAUGCUGCCUAUUAGAUAUUUUGAAAUGUCUAUGUCUAGCCAAAGUUACAAUAUCUACAAUGCUGUGUAUGCUGUGGCCUGGGCUCUCCAUAAAAUACUCUUAACUAGAUCAGAAAUGGAAUACCUGCAAGAUGAAGACAGCCUAAUUCUACAUCCAUGGCAGCUGCACUCUGUUCUUAGGAAUAUCCAGUUUAACAACACUGUCGGUGACCAGGUGUUCAUGGAUGAGAAAAGGAUUGCUGUGAGAAACUAUGAUAUUACCAAUUUUGCAAUCUUUGAUAAUGGUACUGAAGUUCUGAUAAAAGUGGGAGAAUUUAUUCCUCAUGCUCCCUUUGGUGAAGAUCUUUCCAUCCAUGAGAAUAUGAUCAUGUGGAACCGAUUUUAUCUAAAGUUAGGUACAGCUACUUUUAAAGUGGGAAGCUUUAGCCAAUUUUCAGCUCUGCUUUCCCUUGAAGAAACCAUUUCAAGGUCCCUCAAAGAUUUCUUCCUUAUUCAGAAUCCCCAUUCUGUAUGCACUGAGAGCUGUGGAUUGGGGUAUCAGAAAUCUGCCCGUGAAGGCACAGCCAUCUGUUGCUUUGACUGUAUCCCUUGCCCAGAGGGGGAAAUUUCCAACCAGACUGAUAUGGACCAGUGUAUCAUGUGUCCUGAAAAUGAAUAUUCCAAUAAGGAGAAAAAUCUCUGCCUGCCAAAGGUGGUGACCUUUCUGGUCUAUGAGGAACCACUGGGAAUGAUUCUGACCUUCACAGCUCUGGCCUUCUCUGUCCUGACAGUUCUGAUCAUUGGGGUAUUUGUGAAGCAUAAGGACACCCCCAUAGUGAAAGCCAAUAAUAUAACUCUCAGCUAUACCUUACUUCUCUCCCUAAGCCAAUGUUUCUUGUCUUCCUUGCUCUUCAUUGGUAAGCCUAAUUCAAUCACAUGUCUUCUUCAACAGACAAUAUUUGGAAUCACAUUCACAAUAGCCAUCUCCUCCAUUUUGGCUAAAACAAUCACAGUAGUUCUAGUCUUCAAAGCCAUAAGACCAGGGAGCAGAAGCAGAAAAUGGAUUGGCUCCAAAACACCCAUUUCUAUUAUGCUUAUCUGCUCUUUGAUCCAAGUGAUUCUCUGUAGUAUCUGGCUAUUGGUUUCUCCUCCAUUCCCAGAUGCAGACCCACACUCAGAGCCUGAAUACAUCACCUUACAGUGCAACAUGGGUUCUCUCAUUGCAUUCUACUUUGUCCUGGGCUACAUGGGAUUCCUCGCCCUGGUAAGUUUCUCUGUGGCUUUUUUGGCCAGAAAUCUCCCUGAUACCUUUAAUGAAACAAAAUUUAUCACAUUCAGCAUGCUGGUAUUCUGCAGUGUCUGGAUCUCCUUUUUGCCCACUUACCAGAGCACUAAGGGGAAAACUAUGGUAGCUGUAGAAGUCUUUUCCAUCUUGAGCUCUAGCGUUGGGUUACUGGGCUGCAUCUUCUUUCCCAAAUGUUAUGUGAUCCUUCUGAGGCCACAAUGGAACACCCACGAAUGGGCAAAUCAUAAAUCCUAUGACAGCAGAAGACAUCAUUCUAAAGCAUUUCCUUAUGUAUCAUAGCAAUAUUAUGAGGUGCCUGAAAAAACUAAAUCAGAUGUGAUCUUGGAUGUAUCUUCAUCUGAGCAUGCCCUUCUUGACUCACCACCAUCCUUUAUCCAAUUGCUGUAUCGAUUUUCUAAUUAGUAUUUGUGGUGGUUACUUUUACAUUCUUUAUUUAUUUAGACAAAUUUAAUUUCUGUCCAUCCCACUCCUAUUAUUUCUACAAGUUCUCAUCUUUCCCACCAUCCCUUCUUCUUUUCUUCCAGGAAUGACUUCAGCUCUGACUCCCACCAACUCCUUUUGAAUUACUGGUGCCAACAAUCUUCUUUCCUUAUUUUCCUUUAUUCUCUGUCAUGAUACCAUCUGAUCUGACAGAUCAAAGGGUAGUCUUUCUGACUAGGGACUACUUUUCAUUUUUGUCCUUGUAUCCUGAGUGUUUAACUCAGUUUCUUGCAAACAUGAAGAAUUUAGAAAUGUUUGAUCAGCAUUCUAUUUAGUACAAGAAGUGAUUAUGUAUUAUCUUUCUGUCACCUAAGCUUGAAUCAUAGGAUCUAUCCUUAAAUUCUCACUUACUUUCACCCCUAUUUCCAAUCUUCUACAAAUUUCUCUUCUAUUUCAUUUGCAUCACAUCUCUUACCCUCUCCCUUCUCUCAACUGAUACUGUCAAAACCUGGGUAUUUGCCCUAUUGUAUUGGAAUAGCUAUUGAUUAAUUUCCUUAUCAAAAGUCUCUCUGUACUCCUAUUCCUCUUCCACUCAAGUUUAAAUAUGAUAUAUUAAAUUACAGGUCUGACUAUGUCACUUACCCACACACAGAAUUCUUUAAUAUCCAAUGUUUCCCUAUUACCUAUAGAAUCAAAUACUUUCUUUGGUUUUUAAAGUCCUUUCAUGCUUGAUCCCUUACUAUUUUUCCAGUGUCUUUAUACUUUUAUUCCAGCUUUUCUACUCUGUAAUCCACUGAAACUGAUCUCCAUUGUGUUCCAUGUGAACAAUAUUCCAUCUUUCAACAUAGAGUACUUCCCUGAAAUUUCCUCAUGUCUUGAAUGUGCACCGUGAAUGUACUGUUCUAGAUUCCCUUAGUAAUGGUGAAAUGUAAAAUAGCUAACAGGAAGUUUAGAAAUAAACUAUUUUAAAAUACAUUAACAAGCUUUAGUAUUAGCCUCUCAAUCAAUUCUAACUAUUUUAUGUAUUUAUAUUGCUUUAGUUUUUUUUUUUAUUUGUGAAAAUAAAAUUGCCUGUUUAAUACCUGAUUUGUGUUUAGAAAUUUUUUAUUUUUUUUAAUUUUACCCAGUUGCAUGUAAAACAUUUGUGGUUAUACAUGUACAUUCAUUUUUUACAUAUUCCUAUAUAAAUCAUGUUGGGAGAGAAAAAUUAGAACAAAAGAGAAUAACCAUGAGAAAAAAAAACAGAAGGAAAAAAGUGAACAUAGCAUGUGUUAAUUAAUAGUCAGUCUCUAUAAUUCUCUCUCUGGAUUCAUAUGGUGUUUUCCAUCUAAAAUAUAUUGAGAUUACCUUGGAUCACUGAAUUACUGAAAAGAACUAAGCCUUUCUUUGUUGCUCAACAUAAAAUCUUCUUGUUGCUACUUAUGAUGUUUUCCUGAUUCUGCUUGUUUCAGUCUGGAUCAGUGCAUGUAAAUCUUGCCAGGGUUUUCUAAAAUUAGCCUGUUCAUUAUUUUUUUUAACAGAACAAUAAUAUUCCAUUACUUUCAGAUACCAUAACUUAUUCAGCCAUUCCCCAAUUAAGGGGUAUCUACUCAUUUUCCAAUUCUUUGCCACCACAAAAAAAAAAAAAAAACUGCUAUAAACAUUUUUGCACAUUUGGAUCUUUUCCCCUCUUCUAUAAUUUCUUUGGGAUACAGCUACAAUAGUGUCACUCCUGGAUCAAAGUGUAUGCAUGGUUUAAGAGCACUUUGGAAAUAGUUCCAAAUAUUUCUUCAGAAUGUUUGGAUCAUUUCACAAUUCCACUAAUAUAUUAGUUUCUCAGUUCUCCCACAUCCCCUCCAACAUUUAUCAUUACCUUUUCCUGUCAUCUGAGCCAAUCUGAUAGUUGUGAGAUUUCACCUCAGAGCUGUUUAAAAUGUCCAUUUAUUUCUUUAAUCAAUAGUGAUUUAGAGUAUUUUUUUGAUAUGUCUACAGAUGGCUUUAAUGUUUUCAUCUGAAAAUUGUUUGUUCAUAUUCUUUGAUCAUUUAUCAAUUGGGGAAUGACAUGUAUUAUAAAUUUCACUCAGUUCUUUAUAUGUUUUAGAAAUGAGGCUUUUAUCAGAAACACUGAAUGUAACUUGUUCCUUCCCCCCAGCUUUUGGGUUCUCUUUGUCAAAUUCAUGUUUGUGUAAUUAAUAUUUUUGAAUUCCUUCUUCUCUUCUCCCUAUUGGAUAUUAUUUCCUAUUGAAUAUGAUCUCCCCAAAAACCAUUUUUCCUUUGAGAUUUGAAAUAAGAGAGGGUACAGAGCCAAGAUGAUAGAGAGUAUGCAGGUCUUUGUCUGAACUCAUCCUGGCUUCCCUCAGAAUCAGCACCUCUGAUCAAGCCUCUGAAUGAGUUCUGCCAUAACAGAAUCUCAAAUAUUUGGAGAAAAACAAAUUUCUGAUGUUGGAAGAACAUCAAGAAAAGUCUGUCUCAAUCAGGGAGGGGGUGAGGCAGCCCAACACAGGCAUAGUGCAGGGAGACACAGGGAGUAGAGGCUUCUAGCACCAGAGGAAUUGUUCUCCAUCUCAUGAGGCUCUCUUGGAAGAAUUCAAAAAGGAUCUUAAAAGAGAGUUAGAAAAUUUUGAAAAUAAAAGCAGAUUUCUAAUAAAAGGAAAUACAGAAAUUACCUGAAGAAAAGUACUCCUCAAAGUAUAUUUUGGUGAAAUGGAAAUUGUAAUCAACAUCUAUGAAAAUGAAAAAUUGAAUAUCUGAAAUGUAAAAAAGUCCAGUG